AUGGUGGAGGAGGGGCUGGAGGUGGACACCAUUGCAGCAGAUGAAAGUUUCUCCCAGGUGGAUUUUGGGGGAAGGCUGAUGAAAGUGAACACAGAGGUUCGAGGUUUUGGACCACUUUCCAAGGGAAAAGGCUUUUACUUGGCUUUCCAGGAUCUGGGUGCUUGUAUGUCCCUUUUGGCAGUAAGAGUUUUCUACAAGAAAUGUCCAAGCAUUGUGCAGAACUUUGCUUUUUUCCCAGAGACACUGACAGGAGCAGAGUCCACAUCCUUGGUUAUCUCCAGAGGAAGCUGUAUUUCAAAUGCUGAGGAGGUAGAUGUGCCUAUAAAGCUCUACUGUAAUGGAGAUGGAGAGUGGAUGGUACCCAUUGGCAGCUGCAGCUGCAAGGCAGGCUAUGAACCCGACAAUGGCAACGUGUGUCGAGCUUGUCCUCAGGGCACCUUUAAGUCAUCCCAGGGGGCAGGAUUAUGUCAGCAGUGCCCGCUCAACAGUCGCUCCACCAUUGAAGCCGCCACCCUCUGUGGUUGUCGGAAUGGAUAUUACCGUGGAGACAUGGACAAACCAGAGGACAUGUGUACCAGCGUUCCUUCUGCUCCUCGCAAUGUGCUCUCAGAGGUGAAUCAGACAUCAGUGAUCUUGGAGUGGAACUCUCCACGCGAUACUGGGCACCGUGAGGAUCUGUCAUAUAACGUGGUGUGCAGGCGGUGCCACAGCAGCGAGCGGCGGGCUUGCCAGCCUUGUGAUGACAGCGUGGUUUAUGCUCCAGGCAAGGAGGCGUUGAAGGAAACAAGGGUCGAGAUCAGCAGGCUUCGUGCUCACACCUCGUACACAUUUGACAUUCAGGCAGUCAAUGGAGUGUCCAAUAAGAGUCCUUACCCUGCCCAACAGCUGUCCAUCAACAUUACAACCAAUCAAGCAGCACCUUCUGAGGUUCCCAUAAUGCACCAAGUGAGCUCAACGAGCCGCAGCUUUUCUCUCUCAUGGCCCCCACCUGAGCAACCCAAUGGGAUCAUCCUUGACUACGAGAUCAGAUACUACGACAAGUUCCAGUCAUCGUUGCUGAACAGCUCAGUGGUCCAGAGUGAUACACCCAACGUUGUCCUUGAGGGCCUGAGGCCUGGCACAGGCUAUGUGGUCCAGGUGAGGGCCCGCACUGUGGCCGGCUACGGAGCCUACAGCAAAGAGAUGCUCUUUCAAACCCUCACUGAUGAUGAGUACAAGUCAGAGCUUGGACAGCAGCUCUAUCUGACUGCAAGUUCUUUAGUAGGUGGAGUGUGUGUCGUCUCAUUGGUAGCUCUUGCCAUCAUAUGCACCAGGAGGAGACAUUUGAAGGAGAGUGUGUAUGGUGACAAGCUGCAGCAGUACAACACAGGAGGAGAAAUAACUCUGAGGCCCGACAUGUUCAGUGGUCCGACCCCCACUGUGACUUUUCCCACCCUAUCUGAGGGUCGCAGUUCACCAGGGGUCAAGAUCUAUAUUGACCCUUUUACCUAUGAAGACCCCAAUGAGGCGGUGCGGGAAUUUGCCAAAGAAAUUGACCCUUCCUGUGUCAAAAUAGAGGAAGUCAUUGGAUCAGGUGAGUUUGGAGAGGUUUACAAAGGUCGCCUGAAACCUGUUGGGAAAAAAGAAAUCCCUGUGGCGAUCAAGACGCUUAAGGUGGGCUACUCUGAGCGUCAGAGGCGAGAUUUCUUGGCCGAGGCAUCAAUCAUGGGCCAGUUUGACCAGCCAAAUAUCAUCAGACUGGAGGGCGUGGUCACUAAAAGCAGACCGACGAUGAUCAUCACAGAGUUUAUGGAGAAUGGAGCUUUGGACUCAUUUUUGAGGCAAAAUGAUGGACAGUUUCCUGUAAUCCAGCUGGUCGGCAUGCUGAGAGGCAUCGCAUCUGGAAUGAGGUACCUGGCAGAGAUGAGCUAUGUUCACCGGGACUUAGCAGCACGGAACAUACUGGUGAACAGUAACCUGGUUUGUAAGGUGUCCGACUUCGGCUUAUCGAGGUAUUUGGAGGAGGACACAUCGGACCCCACCUACACCAGCUCACUGGGGGGUAAAAUCCCAGUGCGGUGGACGGCUCCAGAGGCGAUCGCCUACAGGAAAUUCACUUCUGCUUCAGAUGUCUGGAGUUACGGGAUUGUCACCUGGGAGGUGAUGUCGUACGGAGAGAGACCUUACUGGGACAUGAGCAACCAAGAUGUAAUAAAUGCCAUAGAGCAAGACUUCCGGCUGCCAGCUCCCAUGGACUGUCCAGUAGUGCUGCACCAGCUGAUGCUGGAUUGCUGGCAGAAAGACAGAAACACGCGGCCAAAGUUCUCUGAUAUCGUCAGCAUGUUGGACAAAAUGAUCCGUAACCCCGCCUCACUGAAAUCCGGCACCAACAACAUAGCUCCUGGUCCUCCACAUCAUCCCUUGUUAGACCGGGGAGCUCCAGAUCUGAGCAGGCUGAGCUCAGUUGAGGACUGGUUGGCUGCUCUAAAGAUGACCCAGUAUAGAGACUCCUUCAUCGGAUCCGGGUUCACAUCUUUGCCGCUAGUCACACAAAUCACAGCUGAGGACCUGGACCGGAUUGGAAUAUCUCUUGCUGGACAUCAGAAGAAAAUACUGACCAGUGUGCAAUCAAUGAGGCACCACAAUGAUGACCAGUCCCCGACUGAAUCCGUGUAGCCAUUCAUGGAAAAGUACAAUUUUAAUAGGUUUGAUCAUUGAUUCCCUAAGUGAACAAAAUAAUUUCUCAUUAAUUUAUUCGUUACUAGGUUUUCUCUUACAAUCAUUGAAUCCAAACCUAAAGACUUCAAGAUUGAACCUGCAUUCGGUGGACAUGUUUCCUCUGGCAUUUAGCCUCUAAAGUUUGAGCACUCCCUUGAAUUUUAUGUACAGGUGUUAUUUGUUAUACAGACUUAAAACAAGAAUGAGCAACACUGUGGAAAAUAGAAAACUAUUCUCCUCAAGGGUAUCUUCUGAAAGAAAAAGAAGAGAAAAAAAAAUCACCCAGGUUUCACUUCAGGCUUACUUUGAUUUCAGACGCUUAGCUCCACAAGCCAUUUUCAAUCAACUGACUCAUUUAAGGAAGACAGGGUGUGGUUUUUAUAUAU